AUGGGAUGUUCAAACUCCAAAAUUGUGGAAUUCAACGUCGGUGUUAGUCAUCUAGCCCUGGAUGAAGAACGCGAACGAUAUACUCGAAUUCGGGAACGCAUUGAAUCGAUUAUCGAUGGAUUCAAUAAGAAAAAAGCGGCUACUGGAAAUACUGAGACACUUCGCUACUUGGAAUCCAUAUCUUGUCUCGAAAGCAUUUUCACGGAUGUAACAAAAGCCGCGACGGUAACCGCUGUUGGGUUAAGUUCCGAAGACAAUAUCUCACAACGCGUCUUCGAAUCAAGACUAUUAACCAACAGUGUUAAACAAUGCUGGGGUUACACGGCCCAACUCUCCAAUCUUACCGCAAUUCACUUGAAAUCAGCAGCGGAUUUUCACAUUUUUUAUCAUGAAAUCAAUGAGAUCCGAGCUCAAGCUACUCAAAUGAAAGCUGUUUCAGAUACUCAAGUUGAAGCAUUUUCUCCCUAUGGUCGAAUUACUGAAGCCUCAAGUCUCGAUGAUGAAAUGAAAGUGAGAUUGAACACCUUUCAAGACCUUGCGGAACGAGCUCGAACUUUGGUUUCGAAAGCUCCCUCAAUUCUUCCAGUUGAAAACCGGCUCACGGAAGUUCGAAACGGAGUGGCGAAAGACUUCGAGGGUAAUGGUCCGCUGAUGGUACAAAUGCUAAUAGAUUACGUGGGCAGCAGCUAUAACGUAAGUAAGGGGGAUUCACUAGCUCUUUUGGAUACAACUGAGAAUCCCUACUUAUGGAAAGUUAUGACUAAGAAUGGACCCCAAUACGUGCCAUCGAUUGCUUGUAUUAUCGCCUCUGCGAAUGGCGAACAAGUUCAUGACGCAUACAGAACUCUGGCAACAGUUAAGGAAUCCUGGAACGAAGCCCUCGAUAACUACCGUCGACAAUUGGCCAUCUACUAUACCAAAUACCUCCAGAAUAUCGUAAAUGGAAGAGGUCUUUAUAUAACUGAUAUUCAAGCAAAGAAACAGUUCAUCGAAGAUCUUAACCGUCUUCUCAUUCAAUCCGGUGCGGAUGAGGGUCGUCUUUUAAACGUUCUGGAUAUGCUUACAAGUAAAAUUGUUGGUAGAGCGGAUCAAGCCGAUGAGGUAUGGAGCCGGGGAGAAGUAGAUCUUCUUCAUCAACCUCUGAUUGCGUUGUAUGAACACAUAAAGUCCCUACGAAAUAUGGAUGAAAGUGUUGAGCCUAUUACUUCAAGCUUGAAGGAUUAUGAUUUAACAUUGACCCACGAUCGAAACAGAGCAGAAAUGAAGGAUCUUUAUGAUCGAGUUCACAACUGGAGAUCCAUUUACGCGGCUUCUCUAGACAAGCCACCUGACGGAGUAGGACGUUUAGUAGUAUCCAGUAUCUCCUCCAGUUCUGGGGUGUCUUCAUUAGAAGGUCCACCUGUCCCCCUGCCCCCAUCACCCUUAGGAAGAAUAACUCCAACCGAGGCGGAAGAAGAAUUUGAAUUCCUUGAAACUCGACCACGGCGACCUCGGAUGAAUGUCGCAGUCUUGAAUACCAUAGAUGAACCGCCAAAAUCAAAAGUAUUCACCUGUGGAGCCAACAUAACCCAACGACAGAUACCCACUUCAGUUAAAGUAGUUGAUAUAGAGAAGCCAAAAAUGAUCAGAGACGUCGCAACCAACACUCCUGGUCGACGUACCAUCAAGAAUACACAGACAGAUAUGAGUGGAGAUACGGUCAAAUCCAAAUUUGCUAGCACUCAAAGUGAAAGAAAUCGAGUGGACUGUAUGACACAGAUUGGCUGGGUAAUGGCGCAAAAGACACAACAGGUAGACGACUCCAUUAUUUCGGCAGGUCUUGAAGUGAACGAACGAGUUCCAUCAAUUGCCUCAGCGACUGAUGGUGCUACUCCAGAUAAAGUUCAAAUUAACUUCACAACAGGGCCACCAAAAGCGGUACUGAAGCAGGAUCUAAUGUUCCAGAUUGGAGAUUCCAGGCAAUUACGUCGAAACUCUGAGGACUUUGAAGUUGAGAAGGAUUCACUAGAUUCAGAAGACUUCGCAGCGCAUAUCUCUACUCGAACAUUUAAUUUCGAGACAAAUAACAGAGGGACGGGCAUUAUAACCCAGAUUGAUCAAUUUAGUCAAAAAAUUGAUAGGUACACCCAGCCUGAAGCGAUUGAAGUUGGUAUGAUACCAAAGCUUAAGACAUCUAUCCAAAUGAAUUCAGGGGAACUAGUAACAGGAAAACAAGAAUUUACAAGAGCGUGGAAUAAUACCAACCUUCAAACUGAAUGUGACAUAGGUUCGUUACAAUUUGAAACGGUUCCCCAACCAAUAAAAUCAUUUGAUGCAGGGGCUCAAAUCUUUUACCCUCCUAAAGCUCACGGGGUAGUAGAUGGAAGCAUAAACCAAGCAGAAUAUGGUCAACAAAUUUAUACUGAAGAAUCAAACAAGGAGACAGAGACUCGUAACUUUAUAGUUAGUGGAGAGUAUAGUGGAAUCAAUCGACAUCCAAUGCAAUAUGCCAGUGAAAAUUUUGCCAGAGACACAUCUUACUGCACGCUAAACACGGAUGAUAGGAGGCUCUCGGAUAUUGAUAUGCAAUUUUGUGGGUCGAAAAUACUACACACUUUCGUUGUGAACGAGCGGAAAUUAAGAGAGGUUGAUUAUAAGGUUUCACGUUAUGGUCGUUGUGAAACACCGAAAAUCGAAGUCAAAAUUCCUGAAUUAAGAACCUCAGGAUGUCAGGUUGGAAUGAAGCUUAUUCCAAGGGAAAUCCGUGUAUCAGCCCUGCCAGUAGGAGUUAGUGACAAAACGGUGGCUGAGAAACUUGAACUUCCUAUGAACUCCAUCUUAUGUCCGGCCUCCAUUUCCUGUCAACCAACUCUGACUGAGGAAGCGGGCGUCCAGUUGGUAGAUGUGAAAGAUGUUGACUCAGUUCAAAUUCAAACAGACAAGAGAUCGUAUUUAGCUGGUGUGCAAUCCGCCAAGCCAAAACGCGCAUUGUCUUUAGCCCGCACUGCUCCACAAGAAACCUGUUUAAUUGAGUUCAAAACAGACCCACAGGAAAUGAAGAGUGGAAGUGUGAAUUUUGUCAAGAGCACAACAGAUCGCAGUACUUUUGUUCCGAGAGUUUUUACUGAAGCAGAAUGUCAGUUUAAAGUUACUGAUGAUUUGACAACUGCCACUUCCCUCAGCGAAUCUACAUAUCCCACUCUUCGUGGCAUGAAGCCCAAUCAACGUCAUGAGUCAUGUCAAGUUGGAACAGUUCUACUUCCAGAAACUAUGGAGGUUAGUACGGUACCACUCAAUAUAACAGAUAUCGAUCAAACAGAGCAACGCAAUAUAGUUGUGGACUCUGUAAUCUGCCCAACCAAGGUCAAAGUUAGGCCAGUUCUGACAGAGGAUGCUGGAAUUCAUAUUGCCAAGACAAUGGAUCUACAGCAAAUGAAUGUGAAGAUUGAUGAAAAAGUUUACAAUGCAACCGUGUCGACAACACCAAAACACCAUUCUGGGGAAAUCGAGGUUACUGGUCAGCAGAUUUGCAAGGUAGAAAUGGAGUGUGGAGAAGGGCAUAAUGAAAUCCAUACGAUGACCGUUUCGCCGGGUGUAACUGAGGGAGGUGUGACGAUAAAUAUACAUGAGUCACGCAGACAACAGGAAAUUGCCAAUAAAUUAAACUGUCCGUCUUGCCACUGUCUGUUAGAAACAUCGUGGUCAACUUCCGAGACUACUUCAUAUAACCACAAGCCAAUAACGAAAGCAACCCAGGUUGGAGCCGUCUUAAAGCCAGUCAAAGUUCAAGUUAUGGAUGUGAGUAUGCAUUCUAAGGCCUCUCCAAAAAUAAGAUCUUUCACAACAGAUGUUCCAAACAUUAUUUGUCCGUCUACUGUUGAAUUAGUUUCAACUUUAGUUGAAUCAAGUGGUAUUAGUGUUAGGGAUAUUUCUGAAGUCAGUAAUGUAAGUAUUGUUAGGGGCGUAUCAAGCUUUUACGCCAAUAUACGGAAUGACUCUGCUGAAACAAGCACAAUGAAUCCCCUCGUUCAACAGGGUUAUGGUGAAGCAUUAAUUGAAGUAAAGAGACCUGAUGAUACCGGCUUGAGAGUGAAGCCAAUCCUCCAACAUGCGAAAUUCGAAAUUGUUGAUGAAAUAACUAAUAAAAUUUGUGAAGUGUGUAAUGGAACGGGAAAUCGAUUAGUUUCAAAUUCGAACUCUUCACUUGGGAAAACAACAUCGUAUUCCUAUACUUCCUACCAACCUAUUGCGCAUCGGAAGUCUUUCGGUGUAAAAGAGGUCAGCAAUAUGGAAGUUGUCACCGGAAGCACUCCAUGUGAAGCCAAUCUAAAUACGAAAUCGAACGAGGAUAAGAAGCGAAAUAUACCUGAAAGCAGGCCUUUCAUGAAUAAUGUGACAAUUGCAAGUGGGCAAUCAGGCUUGGCGAUCGGAAAAAUUACGGACACAUCCCAGAGAGCUGAGACCCUAACUCGAAAUGAAGUGGGUUAUAGAUUCCCAAUUAAGGUAGUGACGAAAGAAAUGGAUAGUAACCAGGAACCUGCAGAUGGUGAAUCAAUCACCCUUAUAAAUGCUCGGAAACCCAGGAUGCAGAGCGUGGAAACACAGGUCGGAGCUAUCCUUAAACCAACUCGUGCCUAUAUAGCCAAUGUGCAAAUUCAACCACGCACUAGUGAAAUAGCUAAGCAAAUAAGUAUGUCUCCUGACGCGAUAAUAUUCCCAUCUUCAAUUGAAUUAAGCACACAACUGAGUGAAAAUGCAGGUAUUCAAGUGGUGGAUGUUAAGAAUGUCUCGAACAUGGAGGUUGUAGCCGGGUCGUCCAUAUUCGAAACCAGCUUUGUGUCAAGAAGGAGUGCUGAAAAUGUUCAUAUACCCACAAGGCUACCUGUAAAAGGCAAUAUGAAUAUCAUGGUUGGGAGGACUGGAUUAACACUAGGUAAAGAGGGCACCAACAGACAGGUAUCUAGCGAUAUAUCAAAUAAUGAAACAUUUGUUCUUCAAGAUAUCGGCUGCGAUUUUGCCAUAAAGAAUACCAGUGUAGGAGCUAUUUGUGCACACUGUCAUGGAACUGGAAGAGUCGAGCGGUCUACGAGUGCUUUCUCGUCUAGUUCAAGUCCUUCUAUGGAUUUGUCGAGGAAACCUUCUUUCAUUCACCAGAGAGCAAGUACACCGCUUUCAAAGAGUACUGAAUGCCAAGUUGGGGUAACUUUACGCCCAAAAUCAAUUCAAUUGGCAAGUAUUAGUGUGAGACCAAGGGAUAAAGCGAUUGCAAGUUACCUAGGUCUGAAAGUUGACUCAAUACUAUGCCCGGCUAGCCUUCAGGUAAUCUCUGAAAUUGGCGAAACGUCUGGAAUAGAGUUGUUGGAAAUAAAAGACGAAUCUUGCAUAAAAAUUCAAGCUGGAGAUGCACUACUUGAUGCGGACCUUGAAUCGCGAGCAUCCGAUGCCUCGUCUAUGUCUAGUCGAAAAACUGGAAUCGUAAUGAGCCUUAAAUCUGGUUCAGGUGUGUUUACAUUGGGCCGAAGUAUCUCUCAGGUUCCUGAUCAUUCGCCAAGCGAAAGCUUUAGACUAAAGGAUGCCGGAUGUGAAAUUGUUUUGCGAGAUACUGGAGCUGGAAGGAUUUGUACAAGUUGUCAAGGCACGGGUCGUAUGACAACCACGUCAAUAAAAUCGUUCAUACCAUUUGAGUCCUCUAACUUUGGACAGAAAAGUCCUUUUGAAUCUACAACAAUGGUCAACAGAUCUGCGCGCUGUGAAUCAAAGUCAUGCCAAGUUGGAAUGAUCCUGACCCCGACAAAUGUCAAUAUCGCCUCCAUUGAAAUGUUACCGAGAAAUAUUUCCUCAGCUGUAGCUUCCGGAUCAGUAGUUUAUCCAUCGACAGUUGAUCUGACCAGUAGAUUGAUGGAAAUAUCAGGAAUUCAGAUUAAGGAGGUAGCAAAUACGGACGAUGUCACAUUUAGCAAGGAUUCAGAGAAAUUCGUAUCCAGUAUUGUGAGAACUAGCCAUGUUCCAGAGACAUGUAUUCUUGAAGUAAGAUCAGCUAAUCCUAUUUCUCGUGGGAAAUUUAGUCUCCAAAAAAUCGGCUGUGAAUUUCGACUCAAGGAAGUGGGUACUAAUACUUCACCAAGCACCGGCAAGUUUAGUUCUGUUCACACAUUCGAAGCAUCAGCACCAGCUGAAACUAGGCUGGAAGCCAUAUCCGAUUCAAAAGUAAAACACGCUUCCAGCCAAGUUGGGUUGAGUUUGGUCCCUAAAACUGUUCAAGUCGCAGACAUGUCUGCAACUGCUUCAGACAAACGAGUAGCAAAUAAUCUUGGACUCAAAGCAGACGCUCUAAUCUGCCCAUCCUCCGUUGAUCUUGAAAUGAAGCUGACAGAGACAGGAGGUGUGUCAAUAAUUGACAUAAAGGACAUUAGAGAAGUGGCUGUCAGAGUGGGAGAAAACAGGGGUGUGAUCAGUAUCACGGGAAGAAAUAUGAAGACCGUUAACAUGGCUUCAAAAUUAACGGACGUUUCAUUGUUGACAUUCACCUGCAACAAACCGUCAGUGCCUUAUCUUGGAACUAGACCACCGUUAGGCAAGCCGUUCGAAUCCACCACGACAAUGGUGAACAAAAGGUUUGAUCAGAAUGCUAGGUGCACAUUUCGAUUGAGCGAAUCCAGUGAAACUGUUUCUCAGUUAAUAUCCUCUUCAAAAUGUGUUACAAAGAGGGAAGCUGGGUGUCAAGUUGGUGUACUAAUGGUUCCGAAAAUUGUAAAGGUUUCUACAGUAAGGAUGGCACCUGAAGAUAAGGCCAGUUCAAAUACUAUGGGAGUUGCAAAACCCUCUACCCUGCAGGCAAGUACCUGCGAAUUUGAACCUCGAAUUUCUGAGAAAAUUGGCAUUCAGAUCGCUCAAGUGGAUGCAAUUCAAGAAGUUCAAUUAGAAAUAAGUGGUCAAAUCUAUACAGCGGCAGUUAAUUCACCUCGUGGUGCGAUAUCUAGUCCAUGGAACUCAAAACCAAUAAUGACUAGUAUCACUGGUUUCCCAAUAUCUGGUACCCGAAGUCCUUCUCUUUCGCAUCGGAAGGAAACUAAUGGCUCGAAUGUAGUUGGUCCUUAUCUACUAAGUCUUAAAGAUGGAUCCACUCAGAAGCAAGGCAUAGUGGAAGUUGUUGGUCUAACUCUAGGCGGAAAGGUAGUCCAACUCAGCGUGAACGCUGACCUUCGUGAUAAACUACCCAUUCAGAGUGAUCGACGGGGUGAUAGAGGAUUUAAAGGCUAUUAUCUUUCUUCUCCAAGUCCAUCAUCUUCAAGCGAACGUUAUCAUCCAAAUCGUCCAAAUUCUAGACUUUGUGACGUGGCAUGUGAAGCAUUGAUCAAGCCUGAAACUCUCGAAAAACGUCUUCAAACACUUUUUAUUUGA